GUUCAUUAAAGAGAAGAAACCAAGAAUCUCUCUCUCCCUCGCUGAAGAUUAUUUACUCCUCCUCCUCCUGGAGAUUUGCUUCUCACAACAUGAAGCCACUCAUGGCGAGAAACUCCCAGGACUUCUCCUCCAAGAGACACUUCCACUGGACUAAGAAGGUCGGAGCCGACGAAGAGGACCAAGAGCAAGAACGAGACCGUGCUCAUGUUCACGUUCCCGGUGAGCAUGAAAAGAAGAGCAAUGAGUCGCAGGACAAGAAGAGCAAGCUGAGACCUGACCAAAGCAGCGAGAAGGUCAUCACCCACGACUCGGUCUCUCCGUCCCCGACCGCCAAGAAGAAGCUCCAAGCCAUUGCCGUCUCCAAGCUCCGCUCGGUCCUCUUCCAAUUCGCCAAGAACGUCCGGUCUCAUUCGCCGGGAGGCAGCGGCGGCCUUGGCCCGAGAGUCGUCGGCACCAUCUUCGGCCACCGCCGAGGCCACGUCCUGUUCUCGUUGCAGAAAGACGCGAAUUCUCAGCCCGCUUUCCUGGUCGAGCUUGCGACCCCCAUCAGCGGACUGGUCCGGGAGAUGGCCUCCGGUCUGGUCCGUAUCGCGCUCGAGUGCGACAAACCAGCCCAAAACAACAGCACCAACAGCAGCAACAGCACCAACAACAGCACCAACAAGAGGUUAUUGGAAGAACCCGUGUGGAGGACUUAUUGCAAUGGCAAGAAGUGCGGGUUUGCAGCAAGGAGAGAUUGUGGGCCUAAAGAGUGGAAGGUCCUGAAGGCAGUGGAGCCCAUUUCCAUGGGUGCUGGCGUCUUGCCUCUGGAUGGUGAAGAAGAAGAAGGCCAUGAGAGUGGGGGUCCAAGCGGCGGUGAGGGUGAGAUGAUGUACAUGAGGGCCAAGUUUGAGAGGAUCGUGGGGUCAAGAGACUGUGAGGCCUUCUACAUGAUGAAUCCAGAUUGCAAUGGAACUCCUGAGCUCAGUGUCUAUCUGCUCAGGGGUUGAAGCAAAAUGAAUGCCAUGGAAGCUACUCUCUCUGUCUCUCUGAGCCGAGUCCUCCGAGAACUUCUUUUUUGUUUUGGGCCUUUUGGGUUCUGGUGCAAGAAGGAUGCUAAUGGUGAUCUUGUUUAGCUGAUCUUCAAAUCGAGGCCUAGCUUAGUUUCUUUCUUUCCUCUGUUUUUUUCUUGUCUCUGUUUUUUUUUUCUUUGGGUCAUUUUGUUUGUUCUGUUCUUUGCUUUCUUGGGAGGUAGGGAAAUGGUAUACGUGGGGGGGUAUAAUGUGGGUUUUCUCUUUGGGGUUGGUGGGCAGUGGGGUUCGGAUGAAGUUGUAUAUGUAUAGUUUCUAAUGAGUAAUCAUUAAUGAGAAGGAGGAGGGUUUAUGCACUCAGCGAUUGCUGUUCGCAUAAUUCAUUAAUGUCA